AUGUCCGAUUCUGAUCAACAGACAGCCUCCCCAGCCUCUGAUUCUACUCCAUCCACCCCUGGUCGAUCCGUAAUUAAGGGAACGAGAGUCAUUGACCACUCUUUGUCAACUCAAGGCCUUUGUAGGACUAAGACUGAGCAAUCAGACAUCUCUACCCUGAUUGUCACUCCCCUCACUAAAUCGCCACAGUUGCCCAUCAAAAUUCUCCCCAUCGAUAAUGGUCUUGCCAAUAUCCAAGAUCUAGAGGAAGGUGGUGAGGCCGAAGGGAAGUAUAUGCAGCUCGAUCGAAAGGAUGUUCAUCAGUUGAAAUAUCCCAACGAAGGCUCAUCAUUAUCACCACGAGAUUCAAGAUUCGAAAGCGAAGCGGAACACACUUUCAAUACCUCCCCAGCUCAUUCCCCUUCUACUCGUUAUAACUCACUUCCAAGUACUUCGUUUGCAAAGGGUGAAUUCAUCCAUCACGGUUGUAAGCAAAAGGUCACUGACGAGUCGGAAGAUGACGGGGAUUCAUCCAGUGAAUCCAGCGAUUGGAGGGACAUCAUGCCUCCAUCGGCUUGGACCGCUAAAUUGGAGAUGAAGGAGUACUGGCAACAGUACGAUGAAAGGGCACAACAGAUACGAGACGGAAGGAGAAGAAGAAGGAAGUUUACAACUUCUUCCAGAAACUUCGGUGAUGACAAAGUAAGCAGCUGGUUGUCUCACACCAGACCUGUCACCCAUUUGUCCACAAAAGCAGACUGUCACUUUGACGUGGACCCAUCCAUCCCCAAGGCCGUCAUCGAGAUCCUUUCACCCCAAAUCUGGGUAAUCAAACCUACUAUUGACGAGACGUCAAUCCUGGCUAUCAGACCUAGAUCUGACUCGCACCAGGGUGCGAAAGAGCACUUGAGGGAAACAAUAGGCGAUAGUAUAAUGUACGACUAG